CGCUAGUCGUAAGGGGAAACAAUUUGCUUUUUAGCUACAGUAUGGMUUGUGAAAGAACUGGGAACGUUCUCUUCUCGUGAAAACUUCAGUUCAAUUGAUGAAGACGCACGAUUGGUUCUCGAGGGAUCAGUUUGCAAAUUUGGGGGAGUAGAUAAUCUAAUCCCCCGAUACUUCUAUUUCUACAGUGCGGUACAAUACUGGGUCUGAGAUCCCAUGWCAUGAUCAUCAUCAACGAAUGCCAAAGCACAAUUCCAUACGAAACUAGCGCUGAGACGCUUCAUGACGAUACAGAAGUGCGCUACAUUCUAUAACAAGCCGAAUCAUCCAAGUAGCGAAGUCCCGUUCAUUCCAAAUUCUAUUAGGUACACCGUGACAACUAGGUAGACAACAAAAUAUGUCACCGAACAAAGUCGAUUACCAUUCGAGGUCGUGGUCGUGGUCUGCUCUCUCAACUGAGGUGCUGCUGCUAUGUCUGCUUCUGCAACAAGUGACUCUGUGCCGUUCGUGGGAUCUUUACUCUGGGAUCAAAUUUUGUCGUCGAAAAGUCAUAACCAAUGCAUUGGGUGGCCACAACGAUGCACAACGCCAAACAUCGAUUUUUCCGCGAGAACAACAACACCGGCACCGGCACCAAGAAGGAGAAACAAUCCAAAACAACAGUAGGCGCCGUAUUUUGUUCGAUUCUAUGCGGGURGCGGCGGUCUUUCUAGCACCAACGCUAGCUUGGCAGUUACCACGGGCUGCCUAUGCAUCUGACGGUGACGGAACGGGGGGCAUUGUCAUAGUUCGACUCGACUCUCCGAAGGAUUCUCUAGGUGUCGAGAUUUACGACACAACCCUCCGUGGAACGAAUGUCGUUGCGAUUCGUCGCAUCGUAGUGCCCAACAAGAACAACCGGUUUCUAAGGGAAGGAAUGAUUCUGCGAACGAAAGAAAGUGGUGGGAGCAACAGCGACUAUACAUCGAGGGAACUAGUCGAAAGACUCCGAUCGGGGCCCUAUCCACUAGAAAUCGGCUUUCAGAAUUUAGCGGCUGGUGGAGAUGCCAUUUCUGAUCUCGGAACAAGCAUCGUGACCCCAAAGGAUGCCCUGGAUCUGGCUCAAAAGACUGAAACCCCAAGCGCUGGUGGAAACAGCGGCAAAGCCCGAGGGGUGGAAUACAGCAUCACGACGACGCAACAAAAACCUCCCAGCGAAUGCGCUAUCAAGUCCCGACGGAACGACGUGCUGGAAAUCGAGUACGAGGCAUCCUAUGUUGCCGACGAAAACGCCAAAAAAGUGAUCUACGAUGCAUCGGCCUUUCGUGGCACAGGCAACCGUCCCUACCAGAUGGUCCUGGGCAGCGGGGACAUGAUCCCCGGCGUUGAUCAGGGCCUGUACGAUAUGUGUCCGGGGGAACAACGGGUGCUGAAAAUACCCCCGGUUCUGGGCCACGGGCCCAACUCGAGAAGACUCUAUCGGAUUCCRGACAAGUACGUCAAUCUGGAAUGGAAGGUUGGGCUCGUUACGAUCGACUCGACCAUACGCGAAGACAACAACGUGGUGUCGAGAGACGAACGCGAAUCGCGUUUUGCUUAUUGAGGUACCAAGAAGAUGAAUUAAAAGAGCAUCACUUUAGAUCUAAAUCCGAGACAAAUUUAUGAUCACUAGGAUGUAGUUUAGAGGAACGGAAAAACAGACAAUGRAUGAGAUUGGARAAUAAUCCAUUAUUCGGGUCCUCGAAACAGAUGAUACGUGGUUCGACUCUUCGCUCCAAUCUCUCUCCCGCCCUUCCAACCUUGGCAUUACACUCAUUCACCAAGUUGCUCUGAUAUCAGGAGUUGACGACCUCGUACGGGACAGGAGUACCCAAAAUCCGAGAAUAUCAUGCUAUUAUGCUACUUCGGUACUACAUACCGAUGGAUCGUACCCAAUUAGAAUAUUCUCUCUCGAGAGUUGAUACAGAAUGCAGACGUACCGUACCAUAACGUACCGAUGGAAAAUAAUAUUCCUAAAGCACCACUCAUUACGUCUACGUAUGGCCGUUAAGGAAGUACGUACGGUACGAAAGUCCAAAAUCAAAAAAUGAUUUCACCGCCAUCUUUUCCUUGAGUUUGGUAGAAACUUGAACUUGACCGAAGGUACGAGUUAUUCGUAGUACGCACAUUUACGAUUGUGAGGGAAUAACACGUAAAUCACGAG